AUGAAGAAUCCACCCAUACUGGACGGAGCGCACCCGUUGGCGCAGAUGAUGAUUAAGAGAGAACACGAGCUACAUCAUCAUGCCGGCAGAGAACAGACGGUGAACACCCUGCGCCAAUACGUGUGGAUGCUGCGUUUAAGGCCGACCGUCAAGACCGUAUUACGCAAAUGCACAACAUGCGCCGUACGCCGGAGGAACCCCGACGUCCCAGUGAAAGGGAACUUGCCAAAGGAGCGACUCGACGCAUACGCCCGGCCGUUUACAAGAUGCGGUAUGGAUUGUUUCGGGCCUAUGUGGGUGACGAUAGGUCGCAGGCGAGAGAAGCGAUGGGGGCUCCUAUUCACGUGUAUGGUCACCCGGGCCGUGCAUAUAGAACUCAUAGCGGGGUUAUCGACCGACUCUGCUAUAAUGGCGAUACGACGCAUGGCAGCGCGUCGCGGCUGGCCACGAACCUUUAUGUCGGACAACGGAACGAACUUUCGCGGAGCCGACGUGGAGCUUACGACUGCGUUUAACGACCCGGGCGCACCGAACCAAGGAGGAGCGUGGGAGCGACUGAUAAGGAGCGUGAAGAGAGCGCUAGCAGUGGUACUGCACGAGCGGGCGCCGAGAGAAGAGGUGCUCGCAACGCUAAUGACGGAAGCAGAACACACCGUCAAUUCACGCCCCUUAACCCACGUCUCAGUGCGACCCGAGGACGAAGAGGCGCUGACCCCCAACCAUUUUCUGAUGGGCUCAGCCGCCGGCCUACCGUACGUAGGUACCACCGACGUUGCCGACCGCAGAACGUGGCGCGCAGCACAGGCGCUCGCGGAUAGAUUCUGGCAGCGGUGGUUACGAGAAUACCUACCGACGCUGAUGCCCAGAGACGACGUACGACGGAGCACGGCAAACAUCAAGCCGGGCGACAUGGUUUUAAUAGUGGACGGCCUGCUACCUCGUAAUCUGUGGCCGCGUGGGCAAGUGGAGCGCACCUAUGAGGGGCCCGACGGCGUGGUGCGAAGUGCGGACCUAACGCUAGAGCUCACUACACCAUGGGAAACCAAUAUACCUAAUGACUAUCCAACAAAAAUAAAUAAACAUCAUGACCUAAUAAACAAAUUAACGAAAAAUGGUGACGCAGUUAAUUACCUCAUCGAAGUGGAAGCGAGAGGACCAGCGAAAUCUCUCUACAAUCUUCUAAAAGAUAUUGGCCUCUCUAGAACUACAAAAGAACACUGCAUCAUUAUUGGAAGGCCAUAUUUCAUGCCUAAAUUAAAUAGAACGAGUCUCCCGCCUAUCACCUUUAACGGGCAUGACAUUGAUUAUUGCCUGAAGAUAUCAAGACUGCGCUAG